AUGUUCCUGUGUCAGGUACAGAUGAGUACCUCAGGUACUUAAUGGCUUUUGUGACGCUGCAGACCCCGCGCUCCCCGCACUCGUCAACCAAAAAUGUUGGCGCAGAGCAGCAAUGUCGACAGUUUCCACGAAGUCGUUCCAAGAGUAAGAUGGCGACAACACACGACGCAGAGGCCUUGAUCACCUCUCAUGAUCCCCACCACCCUGCAAACUUGAUCUGCGAGCUCUGCAAGAAGUUCUAUACUCUUGGAUGGGUCACUGGAACUGGUGGUGGCACCUCGAUCCGUGAUGGCGAACGUAUCUACAUUGCGCCCUCGGGUGUUCAGAAAGAGCUCAUGAAGCCGCAAGACCUGUUCGUCAUGGACUACGCGACACGGGAAUACUUGCGCAGACCUCCGGUACUGAAACCUUCGGCAUGCACACCUCUUUUCAUGGCUGCCUUCACACUGCGCGGUGCCGGCUGCUGCAUCCACACACAUAGCAAGGAUGCUGUCCUAGUGACACUGCUCUGCGAAGCUGCUGGUACCGAUGUUUUUGAAAUCCAGAAGCUCGAGCAGAUCAAGGGUAUUCCAAAAGGCUACGGUGAGGAGAAGAAGGGAAACCUUGGUUACCACGAUCGUCUUCGCAUUCCCAUAAUCGACAACACUGCGCAUGAGGAGGAUCUGAAGGAUACACUUGAGGCUGCUAUCCAGCAAUGGCCCGACACUCACGCCGUCCUGGUCAAGAGACAUGGAAUCUACGUUUGGGGCAAGGAUGUUGCUCAGGCGAAGACCCAGUGUGAAAGUCUGGACUACAUCUUCCAGCUUGCAGUCGAGAUGCACAAGCUGGGCUUGCCAUGGAUCCCAAAAUAAUCGCAUACAAAUCAUGACCUAGUCGCGAUAGACUGUCUGUUGACAAAUGAGAAGUAGACGACCUUGGUAUACUAUGUAUAGAGAGAGACAUUGUUCGAGUCUAGCAUUUCGAGAAUAUACCCACCUGACCA